UACGUGAGAAGUACAAAACGCACUGAGGUGACUGAAAAAUAUCGAGUGUUUUUGUCCUGAGAUGUGGAGCCCGAUUUCCCAAACGCUUUCAAGGAAAUCCGGAAAGAGUCAAGGGCGCCCAGACCUUGUAAAACAUCCGCCCGGAGCCACCCGCCCUCGGCUCACGCAGUUCUGGGAUUGGUGUGCCCAGGCGCGCGCACACCAGGACGACUGUCACCACGAGAGGGCGCGCCCCCGAGACUGUCUACGGAAGUCCCGCCUCCAUUUCCGGCGGGAUUUCCGAAUGGGGAGGGCCUAGCGGCAGCUUCCGUUCUACAGUGUUAACACUUCAGCACGUGUGUCUUUCCAUUUGGAUUCCUGGAUUAUUCCUACCCCUGGUGAAUUUGUCGCGCCGGAGCUUCCUUCAGAUUUAAGGAUGAAGGCGAGAAGAAAUAAAAAACAGGUCCCAAGCUUUAGGAAGUUGAUUAAGACAAGUAAAGUCAAACUUGAAAACAAGCUAAAAAAUAAGCAAUUUAAACAACAAAGUAAUAUCAAGAAGUACCGAAAAGAACAGAGGAAACUAAGGCAAGCGGUCAAAGAUGCUGUGUCUAAGAGACCCGUUCCCCUGGAGGACCCUAAGAAAAAACGACCAGGUAAAAGGAUUGAGAGGGAAGAGGAGGAAGAAGAGGAAGCCCUUCCUUUAGAUAUGUUGGAUGAAGAUGACUUACAGUUAAUGAGGGAUUUAGGACAAAGAGCAUCUUUUCUAACGAGAGAUCUUUCUUCUAGUGAGCCUGUUCACAUCAAAAAACGAAAACAUGAGCACGUUAUAGAUAAAUAUGAAAAAAUACCAAGAUCUCUGCAAACUGUGCCAGAGAAGGAAUUGAUUCACUUGCUUCCUAUCAAAGAUAAAAGCGGCAUAAUUCCACAGACCAGGGAGAAGCCAGUUACUGACACUAACCAAGAUGAAGAGGAUCAAAAAGAAAUGGAACCUGAGGAAGAGAGUAUUGAAGAUCCUAUUCCAGAGCUGACCAUAGAAGAACAUUUAAUUGAGAGAAAGAAGAAACUACAGGAAAAGAAACUGCAUAUUGCUGCCUUGGCAUCUGCCAUAUUAUCAGAUCCAGAAAAUAAUGUGAAAAAAUUGAAGGAAUUACGUUCAAUGCUGAUGGAACAGGACCCUGAUGUGGCCGUUACUGUUCGAAAGCUGGUGAUAGUUUCUCUGAUGGAGUUAUUUAAAGACAUCACUCCUUCAUAUAAAAUCCGCCCCCUAACAGAAGCAGAAAAGUCAACCAAGAUACGCAAAGAAACCCAAAAGUUAAGAGAAUUUGAAGAAGGCCUCGUUAGCCAAUAUAAAUUUUAUUUGGAAAAUUUGGAGCAAAUGAUUAAAGACUGGAAGCAAAGGAAGCUGAAGAAAAGUCAUGUAGUUUCCCUAAAGGCAUACAAAGGCCUGGCAGAAGUGGCUGUGAAGAGCCUGUGUGAGCUGUUGGUGGCCCUGCCUCAUUUCAACUUUCACAACAACAUCAUCGUCCUGAUCGUCCCUCUCAUGAAUGAUGUGUCAAAAUCGAUAUCUGAAAUGUGCUGCGAGGCUGUCAAGAAACUUUUUAAACAAGAUAAACUAGGCCAAGCAUCCCUUGGAGUAAUUAAAGUGAUUUCUGGUUUUGUGAAGGGCAGAAAUUACGAUGUUAGGCCAGAGAUGUUACAGACAUUCUUGUGCUUACGAAUCAAAGAAGUGGAAGUGAAAAAAGAUACAGAGGACAUUAAUAAACCAAAAAAAUUUAUGACUUUCAAGGAAAAGAGAAAAAGUCUGUCAAGAAUGCAGAGAAAGUGGAAGAAAGCAGAAGAGAAACUAGAGCGAGAGCUUCGGGAGGCAGAAGCUGCAGAAAGCACUGAGAAAAAACUUAAAUUGCACACGGAGACUUUGAAUAUUGUGUUUGUAACCUACUUCAGAAUAUUGAAGAAGGCCCAGAGGUCACCUCUCCUGCCAGCAGUUCUGGAAGGUCUUGCCAAGUUUGCUCACCUUAUAAAUGUGGAGUUUUUUGAUGAUUUGUUGGUAGUGCUACAUAACCUCAUUGAGUCUGGUAACCUAAGCUAUCAAGAAAGUCUCCAUUGUGUCCAGACUGCUUUCCAUAUUCUCUCCGGGCAAGGUGAUGUUCUGAAUAUUGAUCCAAUGAAGUUCUAUACACAUCUUUACAAAACACUGUUCAAGUUACAUGCAGGUGCCACCAACGAAGGGGUUGAGAUCGUGCUCCAGUGCCUUGAUGUCAUGCUAACUAAGCGCAGAAAGCAGGUUUCUCAGCAGCGAGCCCUCGCCUUCAUCAAGCGCCUCUCUACCCUUGCUCUUCAUGUCCUUCCAAACGCAAGCAUCGGCAUUUUAGCAACUAACAGAAUAUUAAUGCACACUUUCCCCAAAACUGAUCUGUUGCUUGACAAUGAGUCUCAAGGCAGUGGGGUUUUCCUUCCCGAGCUGGACGAACCUGAGUACUGUAACGCUCAGAACACUGCCCUCUGGGAGCUGCACACACUGCGGCGCCACUUCCACCCCGUCGUGCGGAGAUUCGCGGCUCACCUCGUCGCUGGGGCUCCCCUGGAAGGCUCUGAAGCGCUCAAACCAGAGUUGAGCCGAAGGUCCGCGGUGGAGCUCUUUGAGGCUUACAGCAUGGCAGCAAUGGCGUUCAAUCCUCCUGUUGAAACUGCAAGCCCCCAAAAGAAGGAUAAAGUUUUGCAAGGGGAUUCAUUUUUGAAUGAAGAUUUAAAUCAACUAACCAAAAGACUUUGCAAUGAAGUUGCUACUCAUCUGCCUCUGGAUUUCACCAAAUAUUUGAAGCCGUCACUGCGGUAGUAGAAGAAGGAAGAGUCAGUGGACAUCCCCGUACGUUAGUGCAUUUGUGCAGGUGCACAUAACACUAAUGGUUCACUUAGGACCUUCUCUUUUUAUACAAGGGAAAUGUCCUGAGAAAAUUAACAGAGGAGGAAUUACCCUUUGCAUGGCACAGCAUUCUUCCCUAAUUCUGAAAAUGUCCUUUCGUUCAGAAGGGAGAACCAAAGGCGUUUUCCUCCCCUUAUAUUUGUAAACUUCUUUCUUAAUGUGUUGCCUUUUUAAAAUUUAAUAUAUAUAUUAACUGAUUUAGCCUCUGAAAAAGAAGAAUGAGUGUUCAUUAUGGCUACCUUCAAAGAAAGUUUGUCUGUGAUUCUAGUGUCUUCGAAGUUCUUUGUGUUUGCUGACAUGCUCUGGGGGUUGAUGCGGGAACUGCAGGGCAGAGAAACCUGCCCCCGGUCUCACAGUUCUGUCUUAGGGACAGAGGGUACCCAGUGGGGGGCUUUUUUUUUCCUGUACAGGUAAAAUGCCAUAUUCUUGUAAUUAUAAAGCAAUAUUUGAUGUAACAUCUGUUGCCAUAUUCUAAGAAUGGCCUAUGAAGUAAGUAUUUUAAUGACCAGGUUAUAAAAAUUUCUCUUGUGAGUAGCAGAAUAAAACAGCUGCUUUUUUCUGCUUCCUAUUUUUGUAAUGUGAGAAUUGAAAAGAAAAAUGCAUAGCAGUCCAACUAAAUAGCCCUGUUAUUGGUUCAGAGCUAGAGAAGCCAGUGAUUUUGGCCUAGUAGAGCUUAAAGCUCUUUUUUUUGUCUUGAAGUAAAUGAAAAUAGAAAGUUCCCUUAUUAUUCUAACAGAGUGGGGAAUAUCGGCUUUAAUAGUGCAUGUAAUCUCUUCAGCAGAUUCUUACACGUGCUUUAAAAAGUGUUUCUAAGACCAGUUUUUUUAGGCUUGAUUAUUUAAUGAUGAGAAAUGUUAUAAAUAUUUGUUCUUAACCCACCUUUUUGAUAUAAAACAAAGGUCAGGAAUGUUAGGGAUGGUCGGGAUGACCAAAGGGCUUUCCUUGUCAGAGCGCGAGUCACCAGUAUGUGCCACAAGUCACUUGUUUUCCAAACAUACACAGAUACAUCUAUAGUUCACU